GAUUAUUUUAGCAUUAUACAUGCACAUGGGGUUCAUAAGCCGCGCGGUUUUCCGAACCACUCUAGUACCAAAACAUCAUUCUCGUGAGACCCACGACGCCCUGUAUCCGCUCCGCGUAAAUGUGUAGUGGUGGUCUUGGUGGAGUGAUCUGAAGUACGAUAUGACUGCCCUCCGCAUGUACUGAAUAAUAACUCUCACCUUUGGGGAUUUUUAUCUACACGUGAACCGCCGUGAACGCACACACUUUUCUCUCUCUCUCUCUCUCUCUCUCUCUCUCUCUGUGCGCGAGUCCAUUUUGAGACGACGAACGAUGAUGAUAUUUACUGGCCGAUCUGAUAUUUUUCCGCGGCUUAUUAUUGCACAAACUGUGGAAUUCUUCAGUUCCGGAGAUUCUGUGGCAGAUCGCGCGGGCACCAUGUCUCCUGUUUUGAUCUGAAGAAAAUCCUUCGUUUCCUGUGAAAUUCAUCUGAAGCGGCCCUACAAACCCGUUGUGAUUAUUGAUCAGAAUCAGUUAUGGAACAAGAAAGAAAAGAAACCAAGACGAUGACGACUGCGGUAACAGCAAUGCCGGACCUAGUCUUCCAGCGCGUGGUCGACUACAUCCGCGACCCGCGCGACCUGGCCGCCGCCUCCCUCGUCUGCCGCCGCUGGUUCUCCAUCGAGGCCUCCUCCCGGAAACACGUCACCGUCGCCCUCUGCUACGCCACCACGCCGCAGGCGCUCGACCGUCGGUUCCAGAACCUCGAGUCUCUGAAACUGAAGGCCAAGCCGAGGGCGGCCAUGUUUAACUUGAUACCGGAGGACUGGGGAGGGCACGUGGCGCCGUGGGUGGAGGAGAUGGUGAGGUCAUUCCGGUGCCUGAAGGCGGUUCAUUUUAGAAGGAUGCUCGUGAGGGAUUCGGAUAUUUUGGUGCUUGCCCAGUCGCGAGGGCAGGAUUUGGUGGAGCUUAAGAUUGAUAGAUGCUCUGGGUUUUCCACUGAUGGGCUGAUGCAUAUUGGUCGGUUUUGCAAGAAUUUAACAACCUUGUUUCUGGAAGAGAGUACUAUCACUGAGAGAGAUGGCGAAUGGCUCCACGAGCUUGCUUUGAACAACAAAAAUCUUGAGAACUUGAAUUUUUACAUGACUGAUCUUUCCAAAUUCAGAUUCCAAGACCUUGAACUCAUAGCCAGAAAUUGUCCCUCUCUAGUUUCAGCAAAAAUAAGUGAGUGCGAAUUGCUAGAUCUUGUUGGCUUCUUUCGCAUUGCCACAGCACUACAAGAGUUUGGUGGGGGUUCUUACAGUGAGGAACCAGAAAGGUACUCUUCCAUAUCAUUUCCCCCCAAAGUAAGCUCCUUGGGUCUGACGUACAUGGGGCAGAAUGAAAUGCCCAUUGUAUUUCCCUUUGCAUCGUUACUGAGAAGAUUGGAUCUCCUCUAUGCAUUUCUGGAUACAGAGGACCAUUGUCUCUUAAUUCAAAAGUGCCCCAACUUGGAGGUUCUUGAGACAAGGACUGUUAUUGGCGACAGAGGAUUGGAAGUUCUUGGAAGGUGCUGCAAAAGAUUAAGGAAGCUUCGGAUCGAGCGGGGCGCUGACGAACAGGGAAUGGACAAUGAAGGAGGAUUGGUUUCACACACAGGACUAAUCGCUCUGGCACAGGGCUGCCCAGAAUUGGAAUACUUGGCGGUUUACGUUUCUGAUAUUAUAAAUGCCUCCCUUGAAUUUAUUGGCAUGCACUUGAAAAACCUCUGUGAUUUCCGCCUGGUCUUACUUGAUCAGGGAGAAAGGAUCUCAGAAUUACCACUAGACAACGGAGUUAGGGCCCUAUUACAAGGUUGCAACAAGCUUAGAAGGUUUGCUCUGUAUCUUAGGCCAGGGGUUUUGACCGAUGUGGGACUCGGUUACAUUGGGAAGCAUACCCCAAACGUGAAGUGGAUGCUUCUGGGGUAUGUUGGGGAAUCGGAUGCAGGGCUUCUUGAGUUCUCCAGAGGGUGCCCUAGUUUGCAAAAGCUGGAAAUAAGGUGCUGUAUCUUUAGUGAACAUGCUCUGGCUAUUGCUGCUUUGCAGUUAACCUCUCUUAGGUACUUGUGGGUCCAAGGGUAUCCAGCAUCUGAAACUGGUCAUGAUCUAUUAGCCAUGGCUCGCCCCUUUUGGAAUAUUGAGUUAAUCCCUGCGAGACAAGUAAUCGUUGCCGAUCCACUUGGGGAAGCUGUGGUCGCAGAGGAUCCAGCGCAUAUACUUGCCUAUUAUUCGCUUGUUGGAAGAAGAACGGAUUUCCCUGACACCGUUGUACCUUUGGAAGCAGCAGCCCUUCUCAACGAGUAGAGCUGUAUCCUCCCUCUAACAAUGUCUUUGGAUGGUAAUAGACGGUGACAAAGGAAAGAAUUAUGAAUUGUACAACUUGUUUGGAUGGAUGAACAGGUGGGAAAUGAAGAAAAAUG